AUGGCACGUCGCAAAAAUUCGUCAGAUCACGAAAUUUCAGAAAUUUUACAAAACGCUGAAUCUGCAAGUGAAUCAAGUGAAGAUGAUAUCGAAGAAAACUAUGAAUCUACUGAUGAUUCUGAAGAACCAGACGACGUAACUAUGCUUUCUUCAAAUAUUUCCAACUCAUCGGAUGAACAUAAUUCUCCACCACCGAAAAGAAAAAUGCCGCCAUCAGAGAGGAAAUGGAAAGAGGGUAGUUUUAUCCCAACAAUUGAACAAUUUACUAUUACCCAAAAUAUCACACUUUAA